UUUUUUUUUUUUUUUUUUUUUUAUCUUUCGUUUUUUCUUUUAUUCAUGGGAAAUCAAUCGAGUCAACAAAAACAAAAGAAAAACGAUGAAGUUCACGUUAAAAUAUUACUGGAGCGACUUGGUGAGGACGAACAAACUCAUAUCAUGAAACAGUUCUUCGACUCUAGUGGAUCACUGAACAAGCUUGUCAGUAUUGAUGGUUUCAGCCAACAAUGUCAACUCUUACUACCUUCUUAUUAUUCAGAACCUCUGGCUCAAUUAUUUGCACUUUACAUAUCUAGACAAUUUAGUUCCACAUCAUCAUCAGGAAUAACAAUAAACACUUUUAAUCUUCGACAAUGUUUGGAUAUUAUUCAUUCUUUCUUGGAAGGUACUACUUUACAAGAUGGUACUCAAAUAGGUUCAGCUGAUACUUUUGUACAACUUUAUACCUUGACGGCUCAAGAACAAAAAGUAUCUCUUCAAACUUUUGUUUCGUGGAUAGUGCAAACAGGUGUACAACGAUGGUUCGAAGGGUCAGGUCGAACUUUUGUAGACAAUUCACAACAAUUAGAACGAUUGGUUAACAAUAUGCUCUUUUUUGCUGACGAACAACAAAAACAAGCAAAUGACAUGGAUUGGCUUCUUCAAGAUGAUAAUACAAAUACGACAAGAGAUAAAAGUACUACAGUAUUAUGGUCACACCAAGUCAAAGAAGAACCUCUAGGAUAUUUGGAUCAAGAUGCAACAAAACAAAUGUUAGUAACUUGGUAUGAAAAAACAAUUGGAUUUUCGAUUCUAUUCAAAUUAGUAGCACGUACAUACUUCUUUGGUGAUACUCUUGGACGUGAACCUGACAAUAUGCAUCAGUCUCGCCUUGCUCAUAGAAUUGCUCCCUUGAUAUCACCAACAUCCAAUGGAAACGACAAUGAUUUUUCACGACUCUUAUCACCGUACGACUAUUUUUAUUUGACUUUACAACUACCACAGAAUGCACUUUCCAUUCCACCACACGAACGAGCUCAACGACAUCUUGCAGCCUAUGAUGAUUUGACUCACGAAAGGAUCUUCUCAUCAUAUCAAAAUGGAAACAGUUGGCAAGUAUUCGCACAUAAUAUAGUGAAAAAUCAAGGUGCAACAUUAUUGGUUAUCAAAGCAAAAGAUGGAUCUCUGUUUGGUGGAUAUGCUGAUGAUGCAUGGGUAUUGGAAACUGAUUGGUAUGGUUCGUCUUACAACUUUUUAUAUCAAUUGAAUGGAUCAUUUUCUUCUUAUAAUAUGUGUGGUCAUUGGAAUGCAACUUUGAACAAUCGUCAUUAUCAAUAUUUGUGUUGGGGAAAGAAAAGUUUACCAAAUGGUUUAGGCAUGGGUGGACAACUUGGUUAUGCUGGACUUUGGAUUGAAUCUGAUUUUAUUCAUGGACAUUCAAAGGGACCUAUUUGUUCAACAUAUCAAAGUCCUUCUCUUUGUUCACAGGAUUCAUUUGAAAUUGAUGAAGUAGAAGUUUGGUUAAUUCGACCUAUGAUUCGCGAUGAAAAUGAUGAUGAUGGUCCUGGAAGUAUUUUAGAUCGGGCAGAAGAUAUGGAAUUCCUUGAAAUGGCAGGCAAGAAACUCUAUUCUCGAGAUUUGGAAAAGCCAACAAGUUCUACAUUGGAUCAAAAUGACAAUCCUUCUUAAUAUAGUACUUUUUCUUUUUCUUUUUUUUUUUUUUCCC